UCAGUUCCAACAGCUUGUUCACAAGGUGUGAUCUAAUAAUAGCCCACGUCAGUGUGUGACACUGAUUCAGACCUGUUGGUGGGGUUGGUGUUGACACCUGGGCGAAGCAGGGCUUGUCUUUCACACACAAUUGCAAUCAGGUGUUGAACGCAUUCCUUCAUGGAUUGAAGGACAGGAGAGGAAAAAGCAACUACCCACAUUAAACCAAUCUUCCAGUAGGACCAGUUUAACAAGCUUCACAGAACUAAUCACAUUCCGGCCAGCCUUUUGUUCUGCUGAAGUUUCAGGCGGAAUGUGUGUGUUUGUGGUGCUCCCAUGCCUCAGAUUGCAGUUGCCUACCCCAAAGGUCCAGCGGGUACGGGACCCAUAGUGGGCCGGGAGCGGGCCUGUAAAUGGAUGGAGGAGGUAAAGGAGGACGAGGAGGGAGAACCUGCUGACAGGAGCCCAAAACAGCCCAGCAGUUCAAACAAAGCCCCAGUUGUUCAUCAGCCACAGAAAACAUCUUGGUCACAGACUACGAGGAAAGGCUGGUACACCUUUGCUCCCGUGGGUGUAGUGUGGUGCGUGUGCCAGCUGGAGGCGCCACUGCAGCCCUCUCCGGUCCUGCUGGGGGUGUGCUGGAGGCUGCUGUGGCUGGGUAUGCUGUGGAUGACUCUGGCAGGUUGCGUCCAUGCCCUGAAGUGGUGCCUGCGGCCAGGACACAACCAGUUCAAGGAGGAGUCUCCACCAAGGACACAGCAGGACAUUGUUACAGAAAACAAGAACAACCACUAUUUAUGGAUGUCCCGGUCGAGGAGCCCGGGCCACAACGUUCCUCUGGCCCUUGCCCUGGCCGACAGCCUGCUGCUUUGUGUGCUUCAGGAGCCCCUGCCGGACCCCAGGAGGCCCUACAUCAAGGCUCUCCUCUCCAGGCUGGAGUCCGUGUCUCACACACUUGAGAAGGCUGAUGUUGGGUCAGAGGAGACACUGGAGGAAGUGGACAGAGAGUCUGUACUGAUAGACAAAGUGAAUCUCAUCGGCACAUACCUGCAGCAGAGGAUGAGGUCCCUGUGUAGACUGGUCCAGGUGCAGGGGGAUUUUGAAGCCAGUGUGAAGGACAUGCUGGAGGGCCUGGAAGGCCUAUGGGCCCAGCUGGAGGAGCUGCACACUGGGGUCACUCUCACCAAAGAGGGGGGCCACGGAGGCCACGGAGACCUGGCCUCUGCCCAGGCAGAUGCAGAGACUUUGUUUGCAGUCUUGGGUCACUACAGGAACAGCCUGCAGUGCUGCCAGGCUCAUCUGAGGGACAGCACACAGCUACUGCAGGAGUUAACCUGGAGUCACACUCAACUGAGCAACAGUGUGAGCAGCAGCAGUGAGUCAGUCUGGCCAGAGCUUUUACUUCAGUCCAACAUGGAGCAGUUUGACAAGGUGCAGGAGAGUUUCCUCUCAGUGGAACAACAGAUCUCGACGUUCCAGGCCCAUCUGGAGGGACUUGGGAAGGGGGAUCAGGAGGGACAUGCAGGGCCCCUCGCUCACUCUAACGGGGCCCACUCACACUCAGCCUCUCCACAGACUUCCUUAGAUCUCCACUGUGAUGUGCAGCACCGUGACUCCACCUCUGCAUCCACGUCCGUCUCCUCAACGGAAGGAGACACGGACACAGACAAAGACAGUCCUCUCUCGCUGUGUGAGAGGUCGGCUCUGCAGAUCACCUCCACUAUCGAGCGCCUCCGUAGAUCCGGAAGGCGGAAGUGACCUUUAUCGGACCGUACGUGGAACAGAGCGUUUCUGAACAGACAGUGGAACAAGGGGGGAUAUUUUCAAAUGUGGAUCAUUCGCUGGUUGCUUACAGAUUGAUUAUUUAUUUGAUUUCUGUGUUUACAUUACUGUGUAUUAUUGCUACACAAAAAUGUCAUUUUUUAUUUUAAAUUGCUUUUGUAUUUUUGCUGUAUUUGUUUUUAUUUCAAACAUUGUGGUAGACAAGAGCUCACGGAGCAACUUUUAUGUUGCACGGAAUAUUUCAAACACAAGGGGGCACACUGUCACCAGUUAUCACAAACAUAAAGCCCAUCACCCAUUCAACAUACCUUAUUAUGCCAUCAAACCAUCCAUCUACUGUAUACACAUCUCAAGUCUCGGCCUGCAAUGAGGGACCAUUGCCCAGACCUCUCUCUUCCAAUCGACUUUAUAGCAGAAACGUGUUGGUGCUUCUCAAACAUAUGGCCCAUGAAUGUGUUUCUCUAAGAUCCGAAAUGUCGGCACACAACACACAGAAACGUCUCUCUCAUAAUGUGAUGAAUGAGAUUCAGACGUAC